AUGAAUUAAUAGCAUAAAUGUUAAUUAAAAACCUUGGGCUAUGUCAGAAAUUAUCAUUCAGAAUAUGCAUCUAGUAACAUUAUCAACCAUACUCUUUAUCAUAAAUAUGCAUCUUCAUAAAAUUAUUACUUCACAAAAGAAAUCAACGAUAUUUUGGGUAAGAACAGAACACCAGCUACUAUUUAAUUUUAUGUAAGCAAUUAGUGAUAAAUUAAGGAUGAUACACAAUUUUAAGAAUUAGGAGAAAGAAUGAAGAGAUAUUACUAUAUUAAUGAAUAUAUUGCUAAAAUUAAAUUACUAACAGAGUUCUACAAAUAUCAUAAUGAUUUACCUCGCUUUACUGUACAUAAGAAUUUAAUAUAAAUAUUGAAUUUAUACUAUGAUAAGAAACGAAAACUUGAAUAUUACAAAAUACAAAGAUAAAUAGAAUAUGAGAAUCGAAACAAUCCAAAUUAACCUCCAAAAGGUAUUGUGGGAGAUAAACCAAUAGAGACUUAAACAACUCCUGAAUCUGAAAGUAGUAAUGAUUCAACUAUUAACAAUAAUGUCGAAAACAUUCUUCAAGAUAUAAAAUAAUAAGCUGAUUAAAAUUAAGCCAACUAAGAAGAAAUUAGUAAAAUUUCAAAAAUCCAAGAAGAUCAGAAAAGUGAAAUAAUGCAUAUGUUGUAAGUUCUAAAUCCAGAUUAAAUAAAUAAUUAGAAAAAUGUUUAGAAAUAUUAAGUAUUUAAAAAGCAAAACCCUUUAUUUAAAAAAUCUCUAAAGUUGGAAGAGUUUGCUUUAUCUCAAUCCUCUAGAACCUAGAGUAAAUGUUGCAAUGAUAUCAGAGUACCUUUAUCAACUAGAUUUACUACUGACUCUGUAAGUAAGGUAUUAAAAACAUCUUAAGAGAGAACUAAAGAUCUUAAUCUUCAAAAAGAAAGCUUAAUUUAAUUAUUUAAUAAAUAUUCUAAAUUAAGCAGAGUUAGAAUUGAAAAUAAGAUUGAUUAAGUUAAAGAGAGCAAAAAUUCAAUACCUGAAAUGAAACAGCUAGAACUUAAAAUAAUGAAAUCAAUUAAGGAUAUAGAAAAAAAUACACCAAGAUCAUCAAAGAAUAAAUGUACUUAAAAUAAUAAAGGAUUGCAUUAAAUAUUAAGUAAAGUUAAUAAGCCAGAUUCAUUUAGAGAAAUUAAUAGAACUUCUUAAUUAAAAAGUACUUCCAAUAGAUCAAUUAAAGUAACUAAUUAAUUAGAUUGUUAUAAAAUUUCAAAGAAUUUUAACAGUGUUUUAAAUCCAAUCUCAUAUUCAAAUAAUCCAUAUGAAUAAAAAAGGAGUAAAGAUAAAUAAUAAUCCAAAUUAAAGGCUAAUGAUUUAAAAAAAUUGAUGAUUUACAAAUAUGAAAAGUAAUCUAAUAAAGAAAAAACUUACAAAAAUAUUCCAAAAUUAAACUUACAAACAAUUAAUACAAUUAAUCAUCUUCAAACCAGUUUGACAUUUAGAAAUUAAACAGAUUCUGCUUAAUUAUUGACUCCUAAACCUUUAACAGUGAGAUGCAGAAUAAAUAAUCUAAUUAAUUGGUAAGUAAAAGCAUUACAACAUAAUUUUAAUAAUAAAUCUUAAUAAAAAUGA